AUGUGUUCGGGGUUGGUUUUCGACAUAUUCAUACUAAUAACAGCACGAUUUCUGGUCCGGCAUUGCUCUGCAGUAACGCAGCAUGGAAAAUACACCAGGAAUCUCCAAGAAUAUAACCUGAUAGUCCCCCAUCGUCUCAGCGAAAAUGGCGACUUUUUGAGUUUCAAAAUUCCGCAUUUCUACGAACACGAAUCCAUAGGUAAAGCGAAAAGGUCAACCGAAGACGAAAGCGCCUACUACGGCAUCAAGUUGGACGGCAAAUACUUACAACUAAACUUGCGACCUAAUCAUGGCUUCAUAUCACCUGACGCCAUCUCCGAAAUCAGAGAACCAAAAACACCAAUUCAAGAUAGGAGGAUUAACAAAGUGCUGAGGAAGAGAAUGUGCCAUUUUAGAGGCCACGUGAGAGGAAUACCAGGCUCAAGGGUAGCCUUAUCAACAUGUAACGGUCUAGCGGGGUAUAUUUCGAUCGACAACCAAAAAUACUUCAUAGAACCCUUGCACGAACACCAAGCCAAUAAACUAGGACAACAUCUACACAUGAUCUACAAAAGGGACAUCCAGAAUCCAUACGAGCACGACGACCGUUGUGGUUUGAGCCGAAAUUGGGAAACCGAAUGGAAGAAGACUUUGAAGAACAAAUACGCGAAAGAUCACAGUUUAUCAAUAUCCAAAAGGGGUCUGGCGAGUGUCCAACGCUACAUGGAACUACUGAUAGUGGUGGACAAGAAAUUCAUCAAGUUCCACAAAUUCCACGACAUUGAAACCUACAUACUGACCAUCAUGAACAUGGUGGCGGAUUUCUACAGGGACCCAUCUAAUGGAAACGCCAUGGAAAUCGUGGUUGUGAGAGUGAUGUACCUUGAAAAACAAGAGGAUGAGAUCGAUUUGAUGAUCGUGGAUAACGCCGAAGACACCCUGUCGAGCUUCUGCAAAUGGCAGAUGAGAGUCAACCCGAAAGACGUCAAAAACCCAAACCAUCACGACAUCGCCGUUCUUCUGACACGUCACGAUUUAUGUGGGGACAACGGCACCAAGUGCGGCCUGGAAGGGUUGGCUUACGUUGGCACCCCAUGUACACCUGACGAACCAUGCGCAAUCAAUGAAGACAGCGGGUUGAUCCUGUCCAUCGUGCUAACCCACGAACUGGGACACGUGAUGGGUUGUUCGCACGACGCCCCUGAUGAUUCCGGUUGCGAAUCCAAAGACCCCAAAGAUGGUUCCAACUACGUCAUGGCCCCCUUCGUGAAUCUAAAUACCAUAAGGUGGUCCACUUGCAGCAGAGCCUUCAUCACCACGCUCUUCGAGAGUGACUUGGGGGAAUGUCUGAAUGACGAACCGCAAAAAUCGAUCUAUAAACAAACCGAAAUCCUGCCUGGGGUCGUUUACGAUGCUCAAGCGCAGUGCGAAAUGAUGUAUCCAGGUUCUAAGUACGAAACUUACGAUCCGGAGAACUUCUGCGAGCUAGUUUAUUGCAAAACGAGUCCUACAGUGAUACAGACUACAGGGCAUUCGUACGUAGAUGGGACCAAGUGUGGGGAGAACAAAUGGUGCUUCCACUUGAAGUGCAUCGAGGUUGGAGAGAGACCUGAAGCUGUGAAUGGUGGCUGGAGCAAAUGGAGCAACCCAACAGAAUGUUCCAGGACUUGCGGUGGUGGUACUUCGACCGCUUCCAGGGAAUGCGACAAUCCAACUCCAGCGAACGGAGGCAGAUACUGCCUUGGGGAUAGGAAGAAAGUGACCACUUGCAAUAUGCAGCCUUGUCCUCAAGGCAGUACGCCAUUUCGGGAGAUGCAGUGCACGAAGCACAACACCAUCCCUUUGAAAGGAGUCACUCACACGUGGAAACCUUAUCUGAAAAGAGACGAACCCUGCGUUUUGUACUGUUUGAACGAAGAGAACGUUUUUCACAGAUUAGAACCGAGAACUAUCGAUGGAACUCCGUGUAAACCUGCCACUAAGGAUAUGUGCAUAGCCGGCGCUUGUGUUAAGGUUGGCUGUGAUGGAGUCAUAAAUUCUGACGCUACAGAAGACGUUUGCGGUAUUUGCAAUGGAGAUGGAACCCAGUGCAAACUGAUCGAGCAUACUUACACCAACACUGGUCGAGGUUACACCAAAGCUGCCACAAUACCGGCAGGAGUACGGAAUAUCUUCGUCGAAGAAACGAAACCUUCGGCUAAUAUGAUCGCCCUUACGGAUAAGACGGGUAACACCUAUUUCCUUAACGGAAACUACCAAGAAUCUCCCGAUAUCGAGUUCCUGAUAGGAAAGGUAGAAGCCGUAUAUAGACACCCGGAAGAAAAUCAAGAACUACUGGUCAUCAAGGGACCUUCUGAUCAAGAUCUGGUCCUGAUGAUUUGCUUUUUCGAGGCGACCAAUGUGGGGUAUAAAUUUCGAUAUACGGAACCAGCGUCGGAGUCCGAAUACCUACCUAAAUACCACUGGGAGAUCUUGAGCUUCGGUGAUUGCUCCGCCAAGUGUGGCGGUGGUAUCCAACAAGCGGAGAUGUCCUGCUCAGAAGAAAAGGCCGGUAAAGUGAGCCCAACCUUCUGCCAAGACUUGGAAAAACCUGAGGCGAGCACCAAAAAAUGCAACGAGCAACCUUGCAAAACGAAAUGGAGAGUUGGUAAAUGGGGACCUUGCCACGCUUGUAAAUACAAAUCUGGCGUUCGUCUGCGAGAGGUUGAGUGCGUUAGGCAGUCCCCACACCCUGGAACCGAAGAUAUCCUGGUGGAGGACAGCGAGUGCAAAGGACCAAGACCGGCAACGAGAGAACUCUGCAAUGCUCCCAAAAAAUGCAAAAUCAGGAGCGUCCAAUACGGUCUGCCCGACUCUGAAAUGCAGGAUGUUUGGCAGCAAAUAAAAUCGGCGAGAAAGAUGAAGAAACGCUCGGACAACGUUUGCGAACCGGAGAAAAAGGUUAAAAUAAAGGUCGGUUCCAUAGUGCAGGACCACGUGAAUCCUGACGACAUCAAAGUGGACGUUAUUCCUUUGAAAUCCACCUCGAUGACUAUCAACUUAACUGACAGCGCUUUCGAAUCGAUGGGAGAUGUGAUCGGGGACACAAAGGAUGAGAAGAAAAUCAAACAUCUACAGGGUAAGGCGGCAGCUGAUGAGAUCAUACGUUUAGAGCAUAAGAACAAUACAGCUAACAGACGCUGAAGGUCUCAUUCGAUGUAAAUAUAUUUUUCAGUCUCUAUAAGUUAUAUAGUUGGUCGAAUUAUUAUUUUUAUUUAUUAUGUAUAUAUUAUAAGGUUUCAAUAUGUAAAGAUGAAAAAUGUUUCU